AUGACUAGGAGUCGUUUUGAACUUCUUAGCAAAUAUCUACAUUGCAAUGAUGUCACACAAAACCCACCUAGAAGAACACCUGGACAUGACAAAUUGUGUCACAUCAGACCUGUCUUGGAUUAUGUACUGAAUAAAUGUGUCAAACCACACUGUGAACAAAGUGUAGAUGAAGGAAUGAUUGCUUACAAAGGCAGACUUUCAUUCAAACAGUUGCCAGCUAAACCAACUAAAUUUGGUAUAAAGGUAUGGGAAAGAGCGUCUCCCCGUAACGGAUAUUGUCACGAGUUUCAAAUUUACACGGGAAAAGUGGACAGAGAAAAAACAGAAGAAGGUCUAGGAGAGCGGGUUGUCAAAGAUUUAACAAGAAAAAUUAUCAACAAAGGACACCAUAUUUAUAUGGACAAUUUCUUCUCUUCUCCUAAGCUAUUUUCGUCCUUAUUCAAAGAAGAUUUGUACUGCUGUGGGACUAUCGAAAAG